CCUCAAGACCCAAGCUUUCCACAGUCCUGGCUGAAGUAGCCUCAGGACACGCCAGCGCAGGGACAGAGGGACAAGGCACUACGGAGGAGGUGAGUGCCUGUCAAAAUGCCCAUCCUGAAGAGUCUAGGGAUGGCAGACGCUAAGAUGCCCCGGGUGCAGACCCUGCCGCUGAGGUCCUCUCGGAACCCCUUUGAGGAAGUUCCAGGGCUGGAAGAAGAGGAGGUUGGGGAGCUUGGGACCCUGCCCAAUGGGACAUCUUGCCGCCGCCGGGCCACCCUGGAGAAGCUGGCAGGCCUGUCCCCCUUCCGGCUGGGCUGGACUCCUGGCCGGCGGGCGGGCAGCCCCGGGGACGGGCCGCCCCGCUCUUUCCUGGGCCGCAUGCUCAUGCCAGGGAUACGCAGGAGCUCAGCAGAUUUUGGCCUCCUGGCCAGGCUUCAGGGGACCCGAGCCCAGGGUGACGAGGAGGCGGCUGGGGAGGCAGCCCGGAGACUGGCUUUCCUGAAACUGGGGCGAGGGCCCAAGCCCCGGAGGGUGUCGCUGGCUGAAAGGGUGGUGCCUGCAGGCGAGGCAGCUCCCGAGCCCCCGCCCAAGGUCCCUGAGCCCCCCAAGGCAAGGGAGCCCUUGUCAGUGCUGGAGAUCCUGAGCUUGAUCCAGCAGCGCGAGCUCGCGCGAGCCGACGAGCACAUCUUGGAACUGGAGGCCGAGGAGCUGGCGUCGUCGGGGGACGGCACGCCCGGGCCGCCCAAAGCCGAGGGCGCGGGCGGGGGCCGCCGGGCGCGGGACGUGGCGCUGCUGUACGAGGCCCUGCAGCGCGAGCUGUGGGCCCUGGUGCGCGAGACCCUGGCCGGCCCCGGGCCGGGCGCGGGCGCCGGGGCGGGCGCCGUGGCGCAGCUGGGCCAGGUGCUGGUGCAGGAGGAGGCGGCGGACGGGCGCCGGGGGCCAGGGGCCGCCCGCAGGCUGCGCGCCCGCUGGGCCGAGGCGGUGGCGCGCGCGGCGCGGGAGCGCCUGGAGGCGGCGGCGCCCGGGGCGCCCGGGGGCCUGGCGGCGCAGCUGGAGGCGCUGAGGGCGCGGCUGCUGGAGGACAUGGGCGUGGUGCGGGGCCGCCUGGCGCCCGCCUACCCCGCCGGCCUGGGCGCCUUCGCUGUCUACCUGCGCGGCUACCACGGCGCGCUGGCCGAGUGGCUCGGGGCCGCCGCCCGCCGGAGGCUGCCGCUGGCCGACCGCUACGCGCUGCUGCACUGGCACAACCAGGUGUACCCCAGAGAAGUCCUAGGGCUGGUGGACCUGGUUGCCCUGGAGAAAGGGGAUCUAGGACCCCUCCUGUCCCCUGGCACCCUGCGCGGCUUGGAGGAUGAAUGUGUCACAGACGUUAAGGCUCAGACGCGAGCAGCCCUGCUCCGAGUGCUACAGGAGGAUGAGGAGCACUGGGGGAGCGCAGAGGACGCACCCAGCAGCCUGGCGCAAGAUGUGUGCGAGCUGCUGGAAGAGCACACAGAGCGAGCGCCACGCAUCAGCCAGGAGUUCGGGGAGCGGAUGGCUCACUGCUGCCUGGGGGGCCUGGCAGAAUUCCUGCAGAGCUUCCAGCAGCGCGUGGAGCGAUUCCACGAGAAUCCAGGAGUCCGGGAGCUGCUUCCUGACACCUAUAUCAGCAAGACCAUCUCCCUGGUCAAUUGUGGGCCCCCCCUGAGGGCUCUGGCAGAACGCUUGGCCCGGGUGGGGCCCCCGGAAAGUGAGCCGGCACGAGAAGCAGCGGCCAGCGCUCUGGACCGCGUGACCCGGCUCUGCCACCGUGUCCUGGCCGACCUGCUGUUCCAGGAGCUGCAGCCCCACUUCAACAAGCUGAUGCGUAGAAAGUGGCUGAACAGCCCAGAGGCCCUGGACGGCAUCGUGGGCACGCUGGGUGCUCAGGCCCUGGCCCUGCGCAGGAUGCAGGAUGAACCUUACCAGGCGCUGGUGGCCGAGCUGCACCGGCGGGCGCUGGUCGAGUACGUGCGGCCCCUGCUCCGCGGGCGCCUGCGCUGCCGCUCGGCGCGGACCCGCAGCCGCAUGGCGGGGAGGCUCCGGGAGGACGCGGCGCAGCUCCAGAGGCUGUUCAGGCGGCUGGAGUCCCAGGCCUCCUGGCUGGACGCCGUGGUGCCCCAUUUGGCCGAAGUUCUGCAGCUGGAAGACACGCCCAGCAUCCAGGUGGAGGUGGGGGUGCUGGUGCGGGACUACCCUGACAUCAGUCACAGCUAGCAAGUGGCAAAGCUGGGACUUGGAGGACCCAGGCAGCAGGCUCGCUCUAAAGCUGGUGCACCUGAUCACCGCACCACACCGCCCCCUGUAGACGCCGGAUGGUGGCAGCAAUAUCUGGCGGCGCUCUUCCUGCAGACACACUGUACUGGGAGAGACACAAUCCCACGCUGGGGAGUGACGCAUCAUCAGGGCUUGGCAUCCAGGACUGAGGUUGAAGUUCUGGGACCGAAUCAGGAUGGACAGCACCCGUGUUCUGGGGAAGGCACAAGCCCUGGAGUCCCACGGGAGCAGGUGUCCCACUAUUCCUGCUGGAUUGGGGUUUCUGAACUUGAGCAUGAAGCUCAGUUUGAAAAGUGUCAAGCUGGGCUGGGGGCAGUGCUUCCGAGGCUGACUUGGGGGCUGUGUUCUGGAGCUUGGUUGAGCAGGAAGGCUCUUGGGCUACAUUUUGGGUGAAUGUUUUGGAGCCUUGGGGUUCCACUGUGUGAGAUUUAGGGGUGAGGGUUGCAGAACAGAGUCAGGGUUAAGCACAAAGUUGUUGGUUGGAGUGAGGGUCUCCAGGGUGAAUUUUAGUUCUGGAGUAGAAUUUUGGUUGAGCCCAGUUGUGGGCAUGGUUGGGAUGCAGGUUCUGCCAUGGGAUCUAGGUGGAGAGCUUCUGAGUUGAGCUUUCGUUGGGAGCUGUGGAGCUGCUGUGGCCGAGAAGCUUCCAGAGCCAGCCUUGGGCUGAGGUGAAGGACGUAUGUGUGAACACUUCUGGGCUGGAGCUGAGCGAUGCUGGGGGCGGCCUCACAUGAAGUUUAGGGUUCCUGUAGAUUCCAGAGCAUAAACAGGUGUGAGGGACCAGGAUAGAAAUCAAGAAGCUCUCUGAGAUAAAUUGGGGGUGAAAAUGGAAGGUUGUUUUAAUCAAGGAUUAAAAGGAAGCUUCCUGUGCUGGGUUUGGAGGUGAGGGUUCUGGAAUCUCUGGUGCGUGGAAGGCUUUGGAAAUGGUUGGAUGUGAAGUUCUGGAGGGGUCUGGCAGGGAGCC